AUGGGAAGCUUUGGGGUUGAUGGUGUAAAAGUUGUGGUGCGUGCCAAUUUUAAGUCUUCACAUGGUGGAUUCCCACCUUCAUCCUUGCCAUCUCGGGCCGUUGGUUCUGCCGCUGCAGGAACUCCUGGGGCGGCGAUGAAUAAGGGGCGACCGGGCCGGCUUUCAAAAGCGGAGCAGCUGCGACUAAAUAUUAUGCGGAGGGGGCGGGAGCAGCAUUACCGGGGAUGUAUGGCGGCGCUUGUUGAGAGCGAGAAGGAGAAUCGCGCGCGCCUGCUGGAGAAAAUUGAGGCCGACUUGGAGAACGAACGGCAGAGUUUUAGAGAUUGGCUGGCAGCCGGUGACCUCGUAAUGAGGGAGGAGGAGCCGGCAUGGAUCACACAUGCAAACCAACAUACGUCUGGCAAACAGAACUGA